AUGCUGAAUGUUUUCAAGAUAUGUUUCUGUUCGCUCGGUUUGUGGGGACAUCAGUUGUGGAACUAUAUACCUCGUGUUUUAUUUACGCUAGUUUGUAUCUUUCAAACUAUCUACAGGUUAUUUAUCUAUUUUGGUUGCGUAGACUUCGACUGUCACUUUAUGCAAAACUCAACAUCCGAAGCUAAGUCGACGCAGGUUCAUAAAGAUGACGUCUCAACUGGCAACGCAGUUUUCUCCGUAGCUUCCUUUGCGGCCGACUUGUCCUAUGUUGUUUUAGUUUGUUCUUUUUUAGUGGCCAAACGGAUGGACUCAGCGUUAGUGGCCCCAUCAGAGACGUUAACGAAGGACCUCAACAACACCGAUGUAACUUUGUUAUUUUUCACUUUCACUUUCAUUAACACGUCGCUUUUGUCUUUAGCGGUCUCAUUUUACCUCUUGCCAUCAAGCAACGAGAUGCGAAAUCGCAGGGACAGCGGGGCAAGUAUUGGUUCAUUGGACAUCUAUCAAUACUUGUCACGUUUUCGCAGUUAG